AUUCAAAGCAGUGACGUAUUUUCUCGACUCGGUGUAUUCAUUUUUUCUGAUAGAGCUCACUGAAAACUUCCUGUAUUUUGGAUUAUGGAUUUGUAUUUUUAUUUUGUCUGUUUCUGAAACCUCUCAACUUACACUAUAGGUUAUGAUAAAUAUCAGUUAUUGACGACCUAGCUGUUUUGAAGUCUUCGUAAAGCUCCAUAAUCUGACACAGGCAUCACUGUCAUGGAACACAUGGGACUUCAUUUCUGCAAGCAUAUCAACUGUACUACUCUCGCGUUGACUAAAUAUACAAGUAUGAGGGGCGCGACUGUAUUUCCCGGGAAGGUAAAAGGAAACGUUUUACACUGAUGUUCCAGCUUUUGUUCGUGACUUCAACAUGACCCCAGAAGGGUCAUUUGGGUGCGAUGUUGCAGCUCGUUAUCAGAUACAAAGUCCAGAGAGGCAACAUUUGAGAAGCACAAAACAACGGGAUUCGAUCAGCCGGAAAGUGCUCUACAACCUGACAUAAGAAAUGCUUAAGAUGAAAGUACUUUUCAUCUCCUUCAUUUUUGCUGGCAUUGUACACGGGAACAUUGGUUCUGGCCAUACAACUAAUCAAUUGAACACAGAAUUUAAUUCAGAAGAAUUAAUUGAUGACCAAGUUAUUAUCAAAUGUGUAAAUAAUGGAGAUGAUGAGGUUUAUCAAAAAGCAAAGUAUGCUCGACAAAAACUAACUACGUGUGGCACAUCUCUCUUGCAUACUGAUAAAGUACUUCCUGAAGUCCGAGCUGCAGUCAUAGGUGGAGGAAAAGGAAUGGGACCCAUAAUUAAGAAAGUAUGCAAAUCAUACCAGACCUCUGGUCAUCUCUGCCUGAGCAGGUAUUUAAAUGAUUUAAAACCCUGUCUAAACGAAUCUCAAACACGUUUGGAGGAGCUUGUUGUGAAAAUGUCAGAAACAAGUUGGGAAUAUGCAUGUCAGAAGGAAGGUUUACGAGCCCAGAUGUUCUUCAAGAAUUCCACAAUUUCAUGUUUUGAAGAAACAAGUCCAGGAAUACUUCAUUGUGUUGCUCCAUAUUUACCUCUUUUACGAGCUGCAGGAGAUCCUACUAGAGCUGUAGCUCAAAUCCUUGUAAACAAAGAAUGCAGUGUUUUCUUAACAGUGGCCAAUUGUAUUGUGAAUGAAAUGAACAAAUGUGAUGAUAAAACUGCAGCAAAUUUGGUGGCUGGAAGUUUUAAUGAAACACUUCGCAUAAGUCCAUGUGAGGAAUUUGUGGGGUCAAUUAGUGGUGAACACAAGAAGCCAACCAGUCUCCAGACACUUGUUGAUGCUCAAUCAUUACAAAUGGUACUAAUAAAUAAACUAGAUGAACUAGUUAAAAAUAUCAAUGAAGAAAGAGAAGAAUCAAGACAACAUGAAAUACACACUCAACAGACUCUUAAUUCCCUUAUUGAGAAUCAAUCAAACCUUCUUCAGAAAUUAUAUUUGCUUCUGGAAGAGUCAGCCAGUAGAUCCCAAAGACAUUGAAAUUUAUUGGUUCUCAGUGAAAAAUGUUUGUAAUACAUUAUUAUUUAUGAAAAAUACUACAGCCAGUGUUGCAGUCGGGUGGAUAUAAUAAUAAAUUGUGUUUUGUAGAAGUAAUAAGAUUGGUGAAAUCUAUUUUUAUUUCCUGUUAAGCUGUAUUUAGAUGUGUACAAAUUAAAUAUUAGAAAUAUUUGUUAUUAUUUUUAAUGUAUUGUUGAGUUUCUAAUUUCGAGCUAUGAUUAGAUGGACUGUUAAAUGGAGGACACAAUAAUUGUGGGGAAAUUAUGUUUAACAAUAAAGCUUGCAGUACAUUAUAAAUUUUGUUGAAAACUCUGAAUGAUUGUAAAGUUUUAUACCUCAUUGAUUUAAAAAUAUUGUAAAAUUAUAAUUAAAAAAAGUGUUGUUAUAUGAAUUAUAUUUUUAAUUUUAUGAUAUUAUCACCUCUCACUUGAGAAUUAGGUGUUGCAGAAUAAAUGCCCUAUUGGACAAUAUUCUUCAAAUUUUUCAGGUCUUGAAUGUCUCUCUGUAAUAAAAAUGAUAUAAAAAUAUUAUUCCAGCAUGCAUUUACUUGUCACUAUUAAUAUAAUUUAUGUUCUUAUUUUCAACAUACUUUUAAUUUCUAUGAAUAAAAAAUUGUUUACUAUUCAACAUCAUCUUCUAUUCUCCUUUCGAUUGUUUCUGUCCUCCAUGAAUCUUAUAGCUUGAUAAGAAGUGCAGAGUUCAUCUUUCUAUCUAGGGUCACAUUUCUUAUUGACUUUUGGUACUGUGCUGGUUCUUUCAACGGAAGUGGACACACUGUUUAUGAUCACUUGUAAGGGAAUAGCAAUAGACACAACUGUAAGUUGUCAGCAUGAAGGAAAUAUUGUUAUUAUUAUUACUUCUUGCAGGGACAGUAUUUACAAAGACAAUGUACCCUCCUGAUUUGAAAACACUUUGUACUAAUGAAGAAGCAGAAUUGGAGUAUGAAAGGUUGAAAUUUUAUGAAUUGACCCAGUGUUUAGCAAAUGAACUUAAUGCAACUGCCUUUAGACAGGAAAUCCUUCUUGCUGGGGACCAUGAUAAAGUUGAUGCAGUAAUAGCAAAAGUUUGCAAGCAUCUUCCGCAAAUAAUGGAAUGUACAGGAGAGUAUGUGUCAUCUAUUGGUCCUUGUAUGAAUGACAAUCAGCGCCGAGAGAAGGAACUUUGGAGAAAUCUACGUAUGAUGAAUAUGGAAUUUGCAUGUGGAGCUGGUCGUCAUGAUCUUGUUCGCUUUAUUGACGAUGGUGGAAUUCCAUGUAUUGCCACAUACAGAGCCAAUAUAAGUCAGUGUGUGGAUGAACGGUUUCCUGCGCUAUUAAAGCAACAAUCUGAUACACAAAUAGUGAAAACUUUGGCGUCCAUCACACAACGGGAUGAUCGAUGCCGGAAUUUGCAUGAAGUAGAGAACUGUAUAAAUGAAGUACUGAUGAAAUGUAUGCCACAAAGUUCUCUUGGAAUUAUAAGGCAAUACUUUUCUUCUUUAGAUGUGCUUUUCACAUGUGCAAAUUUAUCAACCACAUCCGAAGAACUUCAGCCCUCUGAAUAUGGACCACCAACCCUUGAUAAUAUAGCAAGAAUGCAAGAGGAUAGCAUUACAGUGCUAACCAAAAUGAAGUCGUUUUUGGAGAAUAUUUUUGCAAAUGAAAAACAGCAAAGAGAAGAAAAGACAACUAAUGACCGUCGGUUUAUUGCAAUUCUCCAAGAACAAACAGAGCUUAUAGCUAAAAUUACUAAUGUUAUGGAAACACAGACUUCAAAAAGCAAGAGAAGAAAAGUCAAAGAAACUUCCUCCCUACAUUAAUAUUUCUAAAUGACGUAUUCAAUAAUUAGUUGAGCUCAGGUGCUUAAAUUUUUUUUGCAUAGAAUGGUUAGUGUUUAUUGGGAAUAUGCUAUAAUAGCAAGUAGAUACAUUUAUACAUUCAUUUAAAAAGAAAUAAAAAGCAACUAACUAUUAAAUAAUGAAGUUCAAAAAUAUCUUUGAAGUAUCUUAUUCUUGCCAUUUAAAAUUUUAUCGUAUAAGAUCAUUUUUCAUAGAAGUUUAUUUUCAUAGAAAAUGAUAAUCUCAGGCAUUUAUAUUACUCUUAUUUCCUUUGUUUUUUUAUCAAAAAAUAAUUUAUGAAAAUUAAAAAUUAAAAUUUUUGGUAUAAUUGUUGAAUGAUUUCAAAUAUUUCUUAAAUUUUACCCACUAAACGACAGUCCCUAAUACUCUGUCAUAAGAUUGCUAGUAUCGAUUACUACCAUAUCCACAUAUCAUAUUUUUUUCUUGUUUUUAUCCCAGAGUGUGAUGUCAGGUCUUUUGUGCAGAACUGUUCGAUCUGUCUGUACACCUAGUCUUGCUGCCGGAGUUCACCACUUU